AUGUCUUCACACUUGGAUGCAGUCAACAUUGUCGUAGACGACUCAGUACUCUUCGACCAGCCGAAUACUGUCAUUGGCGAUCCCAAUGGCGGCUUUUUCAUCAAUAGAGAAUCAAAGGAAUUUGGACUUCCUGCGCGAUUCAAUAACACUGCGUUGAUAAUUCAGAGCAACUACGGAAAGGAUGGCUGGUUCUUUUCUUUCGAUGGCACUUCUAUUUCGCUCUAUGGCAUCACGCCGCCACUUUCCUUCAGCCAGAAUAUUGCAUUUGCGACCUUCCCUUUUGACACAAAGAGCGACCUUUCGACGUCCGAUCCAGCCACAUAUAACAUCACCAAAUACUCUCAGCCGGCAUUUGGUGGACUUCUUUUCAGUACCCCUACGCUACCCGAUGGCGCGAGCGCCAUCGAAAUAGGACUUACUGGUGCUGCUGGUAUCAUUGUGGACUACGCCGUUGUCAGUGUUGGCAAUCUGACUGACCUUCGUAGUCAGACAAUCAUUCUUGACGACACAAGCCCCGAAAUCUUCUGGAAUGGCUCGUGGACAGGGAGAAGUGACCUGAUCUUGGAUGUUCCGUCCAUAAUGCCAUUCGACACGCAAUUCAAUGAAAGCGGGGCGACACCUUUCACUGCUAGUAUGCGACCACAUGAGAACACUACGCACGAGACCAGCAGGGUUGGGGAUGGGUUCGUCUUCCAAUUCAGUGGAUCAGCACCACUAGUAUCAGGGGUAACGCCGUCUAGCGACUCGACCGGGAGCGACUGGCUUCUGAGCAUGUCCUUCACCCUUUAUACCACCAAUUCAAGUGAUGUCCCAACUACGGUCAUCACCAACUUCACGCGCGACGUCACCGACUCGACUCGACCCCACUUCACCUACUUCUCAGCACCGUUAUUACCGAAAGGCGACCACACACUCGUUGGUCGUAUUUUGGCUGUUGCAGGAACGCCGACUCCGCAGGCGCAGAUCGACUACAUCACUUAUCAGCCUGCAUUCGCGACGGUGAACGAGAAGCCUAAAUUUGAUCCAGCCAAGGCUGCGCUAACGCUUGGGAAUCAAUCGGAAGGCGCGACGAGCUCUAGUACUAGUCCUAGUUCUUCGGCAACACAGAGUAAUACUCCACCGUCCACUAAGUCGAACCACUCGAAACACGCAGUCGCUGCGAUCGCAGGCGGGGUGGUUGGCGGUAUUGGAUUUAUCAUUCUGGUUCUUCUUGUGGCUUUCUGGCUAUGGAGGAGAAAAUCGAGAAGGAGAGUGUCGGAAGACUCGGAGACUUUUGGUCAGCCAGCACCUUUCAUUGGCCUUCAAAUACCAACGACCCAAUUGUCAUUAGCUGGACCACCGUUCAAAUCCCCCCAAUCGAACUUUUCUGCACCACAUACCAUGACCAUGUACUCGCAGUCAUCGGCUCUACCGCUAGUCUACGAGCCUUAUCUCAACAGCCCAGUCGUGCAAACCCAGUCUCCUGGAUCCAUACGCACCCUACGAACUACCGCUUCGCUUGAAGGGACUGCAGACGCAGCUGAGUUGCAAGCCCAUAUGCGCGAGCUGCAGACUCAGAUGGCCCAGUUGACUCAUCAGUUGCGCCAUCAGACUGUGGUGUCUUUGCCGCCGUCGUAUCGUCACGGAGCCUUAUCAGACACACUGGGCUCAACAGAGGGAGGGGCUGUUUGA